GGCAACCUGAGAACACAAAAUAAAUAGAAAACAUGGGUACAAAAAGUAUGGGUUUUCUCUUAAUGUUUUUGGGGCUCCUGUAUUUGGAUGGGCUGCCUCUGUCAAUGGCUCGUCGGCGUCCCAGAAUCCGUCAAUACGAUUUUGUUCUACAAGAAUCGAAUUUCACAAGAAUGUGUAGCACAAAAAGCAUGUUGACAGUAAACGGAAGUUUUCCAGGGCCAACGAUUGUGGCUCGUAAAGGGGAAACAGUGUUUGUUAAUGUCAUCAAUCAAGGAACAUAUGGCGUCACCAUUCACUGGCAUGGAGUGAGGCAGCCAAGUAACCCAUGGUCAGAUGGUCCGGAGAAUAUAACACAGUGUCCAAUUGGACCCGGAACCAACUUUACUUAUGAGGUGAUAUUGUCCACUGAAGAAGGAACCCUUUGGUGGCAUGCCCAUAGUGACUGGACUCGUGCCACUGUCCAUGGUGCCAUUGUUAUUUUACCUGCUCCUGGAAAAUAUUAUCCGUUUCCUAAGCCUUACAAGGAACAGAUAAUCAUAAUUGCGUCAUGGUUCAAAGGAGACGUGAUGGCUUUGAUUACUAAUGCAAUCCAAACUGGCGGCAUUGCACCUAGGGCUGAUGGAUAUACCAUCAACGGUGAACUAGGGGGCUUAUAUGAAUGCUCCAACGAGACAAUAUAUCGCUUGUCGGUAGUUUAUGGAAAGACUUAUCUUCUUCGCAUAGUGAAUGCAGUGAUGAACGAAGAACAGUUUUUCGGAAUUGCAAACCACAACUUCACUGUUGUUGGCCAAGAUGCAGCCUACUUAAAACCAGUGAACACAAGUUAUAUUAUGAUAACUCCUGGACAAACAAUGGACGUUUUGUUCAGAGCUAACCAAAAUCUAAGCCACUAUUACAUGGCUACUACUCCUUACUCCGAUAGUGCUCGAUUUACCAACACUACGCCGGCCGGCACAGCCAUUGUUGAGUAUGAAGGGGAAUAUUCUCCCCCAUUAUCUCCUUUCUUUCCAACUCUUCCUGCCUACAAUGACAUGAAUGCUGCAGGAAACUUUACUAGAAGCAUAAGGAGCUUAGCUAGUGAAGAGCAUCCUAUCAUUGUUCCGCAAUAUUUAGACCAACGAAUAUAUAUAGCAGUUUCUAUAAAUCAGUUGGCCUGCCCCAACAAGUCAUGUGAUACCGCUAAUGGUGAUCGGAUUGCUGCAAGCAUGAACAAUGUUAGUUUCGAUACUCCGCAAAUUGAUAUACUGCAAGCAUACUACAGGGGGUUGCCUGACGUCUUCGAUAGAGAUUUUCCAAGUGAGCCACCCAAUUUUUUAAACUUCACCGGAGAUUUAUCGAAUGCAUCAGUGUACACAGCCCAAGGGACAAAGGCGAUAAUGAUUAAUUAUGGUGACAUAGUUGAAAUCGUGUACCAAAAUACUAAUUUCUCGGCUCCGGAAAGUCAUCCAAUUCAUUUACACGGUUUCAGCUUCUUUCUAGUUGGAGCAGGUUCAGGGAAUUUCAACAGUGUUACUGAUCCUUUAUCUUAUAAUUUGGAUGACCCACCGGAACUUAACACCAUUAACCUUCCUAAAAAUGGUUGGGCUGCUAUUCGAUUUGUUGCUGACAAUCCUGGAGUAUGGUAUAUGCAUUGUCAUUUGGAAAGGCAUGCAACCUGGGGAAUGGAUACAGUUCUCAUUGUAAAGAACUACCGGCGUCACAAAAUUCGACGGCCUCCUCCUUACAUGCCUCCUUGUUAUUAGUGAUAUUUUAAAAACCCAUAGGGGCUGAAAUUUGAAUAAUAAUUACCAUUGUGGAAGAAGGGAAUUAAAUAAUGGAUAAAACAUAAUUACUGUGUCA